AGACCUAAGCGUAACUAAUUUCGGUUAAUCUUGCCUAAUGCUCCUUUAACUAUUGGAGCAAAAUCCAUAAUUCUCGAGAAUCCUCCUACUUUAAAAUUCGGCGAUCUUCGAUAGCCUUCGUACAAUUUCGCUUACACUCGAGCCCACUUCGGCAAUCUUCGUUGGAUGUUCGAUAACUCAAUGACCAUGGAGGUGGGAGCGGAGGCCCAGCAGGGUGCAGACACGGCUGUGGCUGAGACUGAGGCCCAGCAGAUUACCCAGGCCCAGAUCGCCACGCUCACUCAGGUGACUGUGGGUGCAGGACACACCACCGCCGCCGCCCCCACAGUCACCCUGGUGCAGCUGCCUAACGGGCAGACAGUGCAGGUCCACGGAGUGAUCCAGGCAGCGCAGCCCUCCGUCAUCCAGUCUCCACAGGUGCAGGCAGUCCAGAUCUCUACAGUGGCGGAGAGCGAGGACUCGCAGGAGUCCGUGGACAGCGUGACUGACUCUCAGAAACGCAGAGAGAUCCUCUCCAGACGCCCUUCUUACAGGAAGAUUCUGAACGACUUGUCGUCAGAUGCCCCAGGAGUACCAAGAAUUGAGGAAGAGAAAUCUGAGGAAGACGCUGCACCUGCCAUCACUACAGUUACCGUGCCAACCCCCAUUUAUCAGACCAGCAGUGGCCAGUACAUUGCCAUCACACAGGGCGGAGCCAUCCAGCUGGCCAAUAACGGCACAGACGGUGUGCAAGGUCUGCAGACUCUGACCAUGACAAACGCGGCAGCUGCACAGCCAGGCACCACUAUCUUGCAGUACGCCCAGACGAGCGACGGGCAGCAGAUCCUGGUGCCCAGCAACCAAGUGGUGGUGCAAGCUGCUUCAGGAGAUGUUCAGGCGUAUCAGAUCCGCACAGCAGCAGCGAGUACCAUCGGCCCUGGAGUGGUCAUGGCCUCAUCGCCUGCUCUGCCCAGCCAAGGAGGUGCUGAGGAGGCCACGCGCAAACGAGAAGUGCGCCUCAUGAAGAACAGGGAGGCAGCCCGAGAGUGCCGCCGGAAGAAGAAGGAGUACGUGAAGUGUCUGGAGAACCGUGUGGCUGUUUUGGAGAACCAGAACAAAACUCUCAUUGAGGAACUGAAAGCUCUCAAAGACCUGUACUGCCAUAAAUCUGAGUAACACCCUCAUCCGUGUUUGUCCUUGGUGGACUUCAGUGUACAUGUACAGAGACUGUGUGUGAGUUCUCCCUGGAAGGAACGCAUGUUUUCUAAAUAUACUUUUUAAAAAAAAAAAAAGAAAGGAAAAAAAAACGCUUCAGACUGCCUGGAAAUUCCCAUGAACACACUGGGGCAUGAACCCCAUGGCCAAAAUCUCCACACCAACGGAUCACGUCUUUACAAAUAAAUCACGUGAAGGUGUUCUACGAAUUAAUAAUCCCCUGACUCGUUUCUCCUGUUAAGCUCCCCAGGUGUGUUGGAAAAAACAUUCUCAUUAAUGUUAAUGUGUUGAUUUAGAAACACCUAACUGAUACUGAGAUAGAAAAGUUUUUAACAAAUCUGAAUAUAUUGUAAGAGGUGCAAGCAACUCAGUUAUGCUAUUUAAAUAUAUCUACACAUCUGUGGACGUUGAGGGUCAGCUGGAAUGAGAAACAUUUUUCCUCAAGCAUCAGAUUUUGAGCUAUAUUUGUCUGACUGUUACUAAUAUUUGGUGUCAAAUGUUUGAGUUAGUGUUUUUUGCCUACUUACACACAUUUCUACUGUAAAAUAUUGUUAAAUUUAAUUUUGAUGCCUUAUAAAAUAACUACGAAAACAAAUCAAGAGAAUUUAAGGCAUUUAUAAAUGAAAAUAUUUGUAUUGUCUAUAGGAAACUAUUCUAGUCAUGUACAGUACUGUGUCUUAAAAAAAGUCUUAGGCAUGUGCAAAGAAAUGCUGUAGAGCAAAGAUGCCUUCAAAAAUAAUGAAAUUAAAUGUCUCUACAUUAAAGAAAAAUACUAUAAAGAGCAGUAAACAGUAAUAAAUGAAACAAAGUUGAUAUUUGGUGUGACGACCCUUUGCUUUAAAAAAAAAAUAAAUAGUAGUCUCAGGUACAAUGUGUGCAGUUUUUAUAAGGAAAUGAGCUGUAAGUGUUACUGAGCAUCUGGCAGAACCAGCCACAGUUCUUCUGGAGACUUUAACUGUCACACUUGCUUCUAAUUUUUUUUAUGCAAAACCCAGCAUUAUGUUUUUGUUAUGUUUUUUGCCUGAAAAGUAGACUCUUACGUAAUAUGCUGCUUUCUUUACUGACAUACAAACAUUUAAUUUUGUGCUGACUUAUGUUUGGAAAUCUAAAAUGUUUUUGUACUGACUCAAUAAUGUAGAAGUCAAAAUAAAAAUCCAUAACAAAGUUUGUACUAAAAAAAAAAUA